GAACAGGUGAUGAAGGUAAAAUGGAUGAAGAUGGUUAUCUUUAUUUUAUUUCACGACGAAAAGAAAUGAUCAUUCGUGGUGGUGUGAAUAUUUAUCCAAUAGAAAUAGAAAAUGUCAUUAUUGAACAUCCAAGUGUUGCCGAAGCACAAGUAUUUUCCAUUCCUGAUCAACGAUAUGGUGAAGAAGUAUGUGCAUGGAUUAAGCUGAAGCCUAAUGCACCAAAAUGUGAACCAAAUGAUAUUACAAAGUUUUUGAAAGAUAAAGUCGCAUUCUUCAAGAUUCCAAAACAUAUUCGUAUAGUGGAUAAGUUUAUUAUGACACCAACAGGAAAGGUUCAAAAGUUUAAAUUAUCAGAAUCAAUGGUAAAUGAACUAAAAGAAGGUGUUGACAUGGAAAAAUGA